UAAUAUACACUCUGGACCAGGCGGUGCGGUAAACUGGGGACCUGGAGAUCCCCUCACACCGGGACCCUGCCCUCGAGGCGCUCAAGAUCCGUGAGGGGAGGCCACACAGACACAAGGCAGACAGUGUGAAACAGCGAGAUACGAAAUUACGGAAGAGGAAGGGACUGAGGGAAGAGGCCCUGCUUUGCGGAGGUGAUGGCACUGAUAUGGGUCAUGAGGGAUAAAAUAGGAAUUGGCCGAGAAACGGAUACCAGGCAGCGAGCGAGAAGAACAAACGCAGAGCCUUGAGGAAAUAAAAACUUCCAGUAGAUUCGGGCCUGGAAGGACGGGAGGCAGAACUGCCCUUAUCCGGAGCAAGGUUUUAGGCUUCAGUUCAUCACAGAAAAUUUACGACCUUUAAAGUAAAGGAAUGCAGCUGAUUUCAUCGAGCAAACCCCUGGCCCAAAGGGGAGAAAAGGCUUUCCUGAGACUGCACAAGAGUGGAUGGCUGAGCCGGCCAGCAGUGUCCAGACUCGGGGCUGCACCUAUCACUCCAUGUGGGCGGCUCUGGAACAGCGGCAGCAUCUCUUGCUGGUACACUCACUUGAGUCAUCAGCUUGCAGGGAACUGUGAUAAAACUGCCUCCAGCAAGAACCCCAGUCCAGAGCUCUGCAAACAGGCUGCUGUGAAGUAUGAAAGGAGUGAUUCAAUGGAGCCCUGCAGGCGGUAGAGGUGACAGGUCCCUGGAAGGUGGCGUCAGCAUCUGCAGCCGCGUCGACGUUGUCGGAGCCUCCGCGGAGGACCCAGGAGAGCCGGACCAGGACCAGGGCCCUGGGCCUCCCCAUGGAGCAGUCAGCUGCCUCCCCAGAGCCCCCGGGGCCUCGGCCAGUCCUGGGCCGCGACAGCGUCCAGGUGCCCGACGACCAGGACUUCCGCAGCUUCCGGUCAGAGUGUGAGGCCGAGGCGGGCUGGAACCUGACCUACAGCAAGGCCGGUGUGUCUGUGUGGGUGCAGGCUGUGGAGAUGGAUCGUACCCUGCACAAGAUCAAGUGUCGGAUGGAGUGCCGCGAUGUGCCAGCAGAGACACUCUACGAUGUCCUACAUGACAUUGAAUACAGAAAGAAGUGGGACAGCAACGUCAUUGAAACUUUCGACAUUGCUCGCUUGACAGUCAACGCUGAUGUGGGCUAUUAUUCUUGGAGGUGUCCAAAGCCCCUGAAGAAUCGUGAUGUCAUCACCCUCCGUUCCUGGCUGCCCAUGGGCACUGAUUACAUCAUUAUGAACUACUCAGUCAAACAUCCUAAAUACCCGCCUCGGAAAGACUUGGUCCGAGCUGUGUCCAUCCAGACGGGCUACCUCAUCCAGAGCACGGGGCCCAAGAGCUGCGUCAUCACCUACCUGGCCCAGGUGGACCCCAAAGGCUCCUUACCCAAAUGGGUAGUGAAUAAAUCUUCUCAGUUCCUGGCUCCCAAGGCCAUGAAGAAGAUGUACAAGGCGUGCGUUAAAUACCCUGAGUGGAAGCAGAAGCAUCAACCACACUUCAAACCGUGGCUACACCCGGAGCAGAGCUCGUUGCCGAGCCUGGCGCUGUCGGAGCUGUCGGUGCAACAUGCGGACUCGCUGGAGAACAUCGACGAGAGCUCGGUGGCAGAGAGCCGGGAGGAUCGCACAGGCAACGCAGGCGGCGAGGGCAGCGAUGACGACACUUCGCUCACCUGAGCGCUGCACCACGCCAGGGACCAAGAUACGAUGGGGCGGAGCCCAGAGGCGGCGGAUCCUUCCCCGCUUUCUCCCCUCCCCCACCUCCUGCGCCUCCUGGGGACGCUGGGCUCGGGCCCAGGCUGGCGCUGCGGCCUGGCUGGACACAGCCCCAAUAAACGAUCCCACAGCCUCA